AUGGAGAGCACACGACAAUUACGUCCUAAGGACUGCGUUAUCCCAUUCGGUCCCUACAAGAACCAAACGCUGGACCAGAUCUAUCAAUCCGACUCAAACUACAUUCGCCAGCUCAUGAACACUGUGGACGAUCUUCGACCGUGGCCCGAACUUCAUCGGGUUAUAUCAGGGAUCAAAGUUCGGCAGCAUGAUAACGACAAAGAAAACACCAAGCGUCAAUCACCCCAAACACGAUCGGCUCUCGAAGACAUUCAUACCGUAGUGACUGGAUCAUCAUAUCUGCCCAAGAGUAUACUUCGCCCCUCUGUUCGCACGCCAACAUCAUGUAUUGCUACUGCUCCUGAGAUCAACGCGCGGUCCAACGAAACAGUUCAUCCGUACAAGAUUGCUCAGCAAGAUCAACGCCAAUCGAGCUCUCGUAUAACUCAAAGGCGGAACACACCCACACAAGCCAGCACUUCGAAAUGUUCGGUGACCAAGCCAUCGUCCGCCACUGUCACUAUCAACCCAGAGCGGGCCGGAUCGAAUCGCCCCGAAUGUCCAGAAAUGGUCAACCAAAAGGGUCCAUAUUCGUCGGUCACCGCAUCUCUACCCGUUCCUGGUGCCUUUCCAACAAUAGAUGAUGACUUACCGCAUGGAAGAGACGCGCGAAAGAAGUCAAUUCCGAUCCAGGCGACGUCAGGUCCUUCCCACGUUACGAAGCAGCCAAAAUUCGCCCGUUCUUCGUCUGCCUGGUCUUCCAUGGAGGAGCGGGUCAGAUCACCGAAAGGUAGCGCCAAGUCGACCGACCAUCCGAUUACCGAAGAACACUGUGAUUCGAUGCUGUCUAGGCCUUCACAGACAUCCGAUGCUGAUCCUCCCAUUGGAAUUGACGACUACAAUACUCGACGAACAAAGGCGCAGUCAGUCGACAGAGCUGACCCUAUGCAGUCAUGCGACGUUAAUGUUACUGGCCAACCCAGUCGGCAAGAAGCUGAACAUGUCAACGUCAUCAACCGAGAGCCAACGGUAUCACCUGUAGGCCUGCGACGAGCAAGACAUGACACUCACGAGGUGGAACCGAGAAAGAAACGUCGAAUGACCAGCUUGGAAGCCGUCGAAGACAUUCACAGCCAUGUUAGUAAUUUGCAGAUGCAGCUUCAGUCUACCGGUGGCUGGCUGUUCCAAAAGACAGACGACUCAGUCACGCGCGCUGCAUCAAAAUUGGAGACUAAAGUCGAAACGGCAACCACCGAGAUCCAUGGCCAGAUACGCGACUUCCAAUCCCAGAUCAGCACGCAGGUUCGAGAGAACUGUGCAUGGUUACGUGAUCAGGUCGUGCCAGCUAACCAGAAUCUCACCAGUCUGUAUGCACACAUCUCGACCCAGUCCCAGAACCAAUCGGAUAUACGCAUGGCGCAGACCAACAAACUCAACACUUCGAUCAAGGCGGCAAGUGGCCAUAUCCAGUCGCGGUUACGAAAGAACCAGAAGCGUCAGAACGUUCAGUUCAUGGAUGUAAGAUCUCGCCUAAAAGGACUACGGGGUGAGCUGCAAAGAGUCGAGGCAACCAUUCAGCAUCAAGGAAGCCAAAUUCAAGCCGGCCUUUUGUCCAACUCAUCCAUGUUGGCACAAGAACUGAGGCUGGUUCAGAAAGGCCAGGAAACCUCGACACAACAACUGCAAGACAUCCACGACAGAUCUCUGCCCACCGUAUCUAGUCUAGCGGUCAAUCCAAGUACCAUGAUGACCAUGAUACAAGGUAUCUACGGCCAGCUAAGCCCUGGCUCGGCUCUUGGAGAUCCGCCGGCAGAUGAACGCACCCUCUACCAGACCCUUAGCACGAUCGAAAAGACAGUGGAGAGACUCGAAACUCAUUGGAUACCAACCUCGGAAGAUGCCACUGAGCAAGCAUCAGGACUGGCUCGAAGUGAGGUAUCCGGCAAGAUCUUAACAAUGGUGGAGCAGAUUCACAGUCAGUUGGCCAGGGGCGACAGCCUCGUUGAGGAAUCGAAUGUUAUGACUUUGGAUGCGCCAAAAGGUCAGCUUGCUCAGUCCACUGGUGCUCAGUCUCUCUCACCAGAAGUUAUCCAAAUGAUGGAACAACAUCAUAUGGCUGUGCUCGAGCGGUUUGAGCUUCUCGGGCAGCAAGUAGCUUUCACCUGCCCCGAGUCUAGUCAAAGUGGCGUCGAAGAGAUCGAUUUUCUACUCGUCCAGAUCGAAGAUGCUCGUCGUGUUGAGAGCCAGAUUGAACUUCACAUCAUCGGAGACCUAGAAGCCCAGCUAGCCCACGAACGGGUCGUCAACACGAAGUAUCUGGUCAACGCAGCAGUCCAACGAGGUCGCAACAGGAUCUCCUUAGUUGAUGUAGCGCCAGCGGAGCAGUUCUGUGAAGAUGAUGGCUCAUGGCUUCGCCCGUGGGAAGCAAUCUCCGGGGUAAUGGCGGAAGCUGAGGCUCUCUUUGCCGAAUCUGAUCGACGGCACCUGGCACAUGAGCUUCACUGUGAAAGACGCCGCAAUGCUUUGAGAGAAACGCGGUUGCAAUUCAUGCCCAAGCGGAUCGAUAUAGCCAUCGAGUGGGAUCUUGAACUCGUCGAGUCGCAAGCCGAGUAUAUUCAGCUCCUCACAAAUCAUGCCCCUAUUUGCCCUGCGGACAAUACUUCGCUCGCACUACCUGUCGAUGCUUUGGGACAUACCCUUCCAUCUGCGCUUCGUGCAGGUGCCCUUGGGCGAGAUCUUCCUUCCGCGCUGGACCUUGCUACUGAUCUCUUCACGUUGCAAGCUCAGAACGCUGUGCGGACAGAAGCAGAGAGGGUUCACGAAGACGACUCUGCACGUCUUUUUAAAGGUCUUGAGGGUAUGCGGAAGUAUCUCUCCAUGCUUCAUGGGCGGAGUGAUCUGGUAUUGGUGAAGAGAGCGAUAGAGAAUUUGCAAGCGGGGAGGGAGUGGAACAGCGACAAUUUGAUGGGGGAGCUGAGCCUUGAGAGCACUGUCGACACGUGA